AUGGCAAUCAAAUGGAGGUUUCCAUUAGUUUUUCUAUCCUUGGUAUUAGCUGUUAAUGGAGCAGAAGCAGAUGUGCCAGCAAUAUUUAUCCUAGGUGACUCUACUGCUGAUGUUGGCACCAAUAACUUCUUGCCAAGUAGCAUGUCCAGGGCUGAUUUCCCCUACAAUGGAAUCGACUUUUCUAACUCAACACCCACCGGAAGGUUCAGCAAUGGUCUUAACACAGCUGAUUUUCUUGCCAAUCUAUUAGGUUAUGAGGAAAGUCCAAAGCCCUUUCUUUCCCUCAACUCAUCUUCUCUUUUCAAGUGGUUUGGAGGCUUCAGCUUUGCUUCUGGAGGGUCUGGCAUUUUUGAUACCACUGGUCAAAGAAUAAAUAAAAAUUGUAUUCCAUUAGCAGAGCAGAUACAACAAUUUUCUUUAGUCAGGAGCAAUUUAAGUGCCUUAAUGGGCCCUGUAGCAACUGAGACAUAUCUUUCGAAGUCCUUAUUUUUCAUCAGCAUUGGUAGCAAUGACAUGUUUGAAUACUACAGCUCAAACAGUUCAAUUCCUAAGGAACAGUUCUUGUCCUCUUUAGUAGCUACUUAUGAGAAUCACUUGAAGACUUUACUCAAUCUUGGAGCAAGGAAGUUAGGAAUUAUCAGUGUUGCCCCGAUUGGCUGCUGCCCAUCUCUGAGAGUUCUUAAUGCCACUGGCGGCUGUAUCGAGGAGCUGAAUGAUCAUGCAAAAGCUUUCCAUUCAAAGCUGGCUGUGCUCAUGAACAAGCUCAGCUCAGAAUUUGAGGGCUUGAAGUACUCACUUGGAAAUGCAUUCGAAAUGACCAUAAAUGUCAUACAGAACCCUCUUGCAUUCAAUUUUACACAAGUGGACACUGCAUGUUGUGGAACUGGAAAGCUCAAUGCUGAAAACUUCUGCAAACCAGAUGCAAAUCUCUGUACAAAUCGCGAUCAAUACUUGUUCUGGGAUCGGUUUCAUCCAACACAGGCUGCUUAUAAGUUGGCUGCUGUAACCCUCUAUGGUGGAGGGCCACAGUUUGUAACCCCAAUUAAUUUUGCUCAGUUGGCUAAGGCUUAAACAACAGCAAACCAUUGCCCUUUA